AGUUUAGUGAUUUGUUUUUUAAAAAAAUAAAAAUAAAAUUAAAUGAUGGAAAAAAGCGGCGACAAAAAUGAAACAGUAUAUUAAUCAAAUUUAUAGUGAUUUUCCUUCGAAUUCAACAUCUCUAUACUUGAUUCGAUAGCAGAACCUCCCAAACCAAGCUUGAAAUCAUCAUCAAAGUUAUAGUGAUUGUGAAGAGAUGGAAAUUAUCGGCAAUCUCAACCCUAAUCAGCUCGAAAUUUUCAAUUCUCAAGGUUAUUUGGUAUUGGAAUCGUUUUCAAGCACAGAGGAAGUCGCUUCCAUGAGGAAGAGAAUGAAACAGUUGCUUGAUGAAUUUGAUUGUUCUACUUCUGUUAUUUUCUCUACCAAAGAUCAUAGUCACGCAAAAGACAAAUAUUUCUAUGAUAGUGCGGAGAAGAUUUCUUUUUUCUUUGAAGAGAAAGCAUUUGAUGAGGAUGGUAAAUUAAAGCAGCCUAAACAACUUUCUAUCAAUAAAGUUGGUCAUGCAUUACAUGAAGAUCCCAUUUUCCAAAAGUUCUCUUCCUCAAAGAAUUUUUCAAGCUUGCUCUCAAGUUUAGGUUACAAAAGGCCUGUGGUCAUUCAGUCUAUGUACAUUUUCAAGCAACCAGGGAUUGGUGGAGAAGUUGUUCCACACCAAGAUAAUUCAUUUCUUUACACAGAUCCCCCAACCUGCACAGGAUUGUGGCUGGCUCUAGAAGACGCCACAAAAGUCAAUGGCUGCCUUUGGGCGAUCCCUGGUUCUCAUAAACAUGGCCUUGUAAGAAGAUUCAUUAGAGAUGAUGAAGGGGUACAUUUUGACCAUCCAUCUCCAUCAUAUGAACAGAAGGAUUUUGUUCCAGUUGAAGUUAAAGCUGGUUCCUUGGUUGUCAUUCAUGGGGACCUUAUUCAUCAGAGUUUUGAGAACCAGUCACCAAACUCGAGGCAUGCUUAUAGUUUGCAUGUGGUGGAUACUGAUGGUUGCAAAUGGGCAGGGGAUAAUUGGAUUAGAAGAACGCGUGAACCAGAACCUUUAUAUGUUUCCAGACCUAGUUCUGCGGCUGCCCAGUUUGUAAGAUAGUUUUACUAUGUAAGAUGAGGAACAACCAGUGGAACCUGUACAACGGGCCGGAUACGGACCUACAACUUGUGACAAUAUUAAAAUAAGAGUAAUAGGCUGAAGAUGCUCAUAUUGUACUCUGCCUUGUAAGGAAAGUUGGCUUGUUGAUUAAUAAGUAUGUUUGUUCCUUUUCCGGGAAGAUUAAUCUGCUACUGUAUUGGUAUUAUAAUUAUUCCUACUUUGAACUAUGUUGAUUAUUAUUUUCAAUGUCUUUUGAUGAAUAUAGAGGUAAUAAGGGGAAAACUCUUACGGCCCGUUUGGUUGAUGGUAAUGAAGUAAUGGGAAUGAAAUGUUGUAAUGACAAUAGUAAUGAAGGAAUGGAUAUGAGAAUCGGUAAUGAAGAUUCUUUUGUUUGGUGUG